CGGAAGUGAAUUGGGUAGAGGUCGACGUAAGCGCCAGAAUGAAAAUAUAAGAUGACAAAAAAAUGUCUUUUUUCAUCCCUAUUCGAAAUCUUAACUAAAGCCACAAUUGCAGUCAUUUAGAAAUCGGUUGACGUUGUUCGUGUACCAGCUGUAUUUAAUAUAAAAUGCGACAAGUCGAGUGUUAGUCCUCGAUAAUGUUAAGUCUUAGGAAAAGCAGGUUUUGUCCUUUCAGUCAAUGACUAUCAUGGAUUACAGAGCUGUUCUAGAAUUCGCUACUGUAACUAGGGGUCUCUCGUUGUUUUUACAGGCGGUGUUGAAUGCUGCCAUCCCCGACCAUGACGCUGAUGCGUUCAGGCCGCCACGGACAGAAGAGCCUCUAUACUUGGACUCUGCUGUGGAUUGGUUAUUCGGUGGUCUCACUCAUUGGGACGCUGAGCAUUUCCUUCUCAUCGCUGAAAGAGGAUACAUCUAUGAGCACAACUUUGCUUUUUUCCCUCUUUUCCCCGUGGUCCUGCGAGGCCUGUCCGAGACGCUGCUGUGGCCCCUCAGCAGCUGGUUGAGCGUAAGGGGCCGUCUGAUGGUGGCGGUUGCUCUUGGGAACAGUACCCUCUUCCUGCUGAGUGUUGUGGCCUUGCAUGCGCUCAGUAGAGCGGUUCUGCAGGACAGGCGUCUGGCCCUGCUCUCCACUUUACUCUACUGCAUCACACCUGCUAAUGUUUUCAUGACAGCAGGAUAUUCAGAGUGUCUGUUUGCUGCUCUCACCUUUGGCGGGCUCUUUCUCUUGGAGAAAGGAUUUACACUUCGAGCCUGUCUGGCACUCAGUAUAGCAACCGCAGUGCGAUCCAAUGGACUUGUUAAUAUCGGAUUUCUACUCUAUCUUCCAACAUUACAUGCUAUCUCUCAGAUCCGUUUUUAUCGUGCGACGACAAAAGGCCACAGGAAGAUGCUGCACUACAUUUGGGUCAUCACUCGUCUCCUGAUCACCUCUCUUUUUGGUACAGCGCUCAUUGCACUUCCAUUCUGUGCGUUCCAGUACUACGGUUAUAGAACUUUUUGUACGCCUUCGGCGUCUUUAGAACGCAUUCCACAAGCUCUUCUUUCCUUGGCUGAGCGGAAGGGCUACCGUGUUCCGGAUGAAAAUAGUCCUCCCCCUCUUUGGUGCAUGCGACCUCUCCCGCUGCUUUACUCCCAUAUCCAGGAUGUGUAUUGGAACGUGGGCUUUCUCCGCUACUUUGAACUGAGGCAAAUACCCAACUUCCUUCUGGCUCUUCCUAUGGCAACUCUGGGUGUAAUGGCAGCUUAUGCUUAUUUUCAAGCUAACCCAGAGUUGUGCUUAAGACUUGGACUUUGGGAGACAGACUUAAAUAAAGGCCUCGACAAACCCACGCCGGGAUUUUUUAACCCAAAAGUAUUUGUAUAUGUUGUGCACUCUACUGUUCUACUGGCAUUUGGUACCUUGUGCAUGCAUGUGCAGGUCCUGACCAGAUUCAUGGCCUCCUCGUCUCCUGUUCCCUUCUGGAUCAGCGCUCAUCUGCUCCUCCUCAACGAGCCGCUUCUUCACCGACGAAAAACCUCAACCCCUAACAUUCAACUCAAGACUCAUUCCAAAAAUGGAUGCAAGCACCCAUCUCAGAACCCCAUCGUUGCUCUGCUAACACACUUUAAAAUCUGUUCCCCCACCACACAAAGCAUCUUGGGAUAUUUCCUUUCUUACUGGGUUCUGGGCUUAGCGCUGCACUGUAAUUUUCUACCGUGGACUUAACAAAAAUGCCAUAUUUGUCUGGGGGGGAACUAUUUUUAACAUUACCUGUUCCACAUGAAAACAGGAAAAGUCAAAGCAUUUGGUUCGAGAACGAUCUUAGAGCAGAUUGAGUCAUUUAAAUCAUGUGUUUUUGUAAAUAUCACUGUAGUUAAAUACAAACCUGAGUGGGGUGCGUAUGAAAUUUGAAUGUUUACGCUUGUCUGUCCUGAUCGUAAUUGUAAUUCUGGGAGAAAAAUGCAGAUUGAAUGUGUUUCAUAUUUGUGUUGAAGAACCGUGCCGUAUGUACAUGUUUUGUAUAUUCUGUUUAAUUUGUAACAUUUCGACGUGA